ACGCAAAGUCCAAUAAGUCGAAGGUAAGUAGUCACUGUAUGUGUUACUCAUGAUUUCUUUCUAGCUCGCUGACGCGGCGCCCUCGAUGACCGCCUCGAUGUCGUUUGGGACGUCGUUUGCGCGGCGCUCGCGCUCGAGUAGCUUGCAGAACUCCUUUGGGAGCACAAUCCACGUGGAGCUGGACCUGGGCGAGCCCGCCAGCGGUGAGAAUGGAUGGCCAUACAUAGUCCGUGUGCAGGAACUUUAUGGAGUGGAUUACGGACUAGCAGGCACUCAUCUGCGCAGCCUCCGACUUCUCCGAAGCAAUGACAUGUGUGCACGCAGAUCCCCGCUAUUGACUGGCAUGCGCGUCGCCCGCCUGUGCGCCACGUCGUCUGUGCUGGUGCUCGCACUCCCCUUAGCCGGCCCUCACCGACGCCCGUGGCCUGAAGGCCUGCUUCUGCCUGUCAUCUUCCUUUGUGCCCGCCUACACCUUCGCGUCCUUCACGACCGCGCCGGCCACCACGGUGCUGCGUGCUCACGAGAAGGUCACCGUAGCAGUGGGGUCGCUCUGCCCGAUGAAGGUGUGCUGGCGUAGAUGACUGUUGCAGUUGGCUAGUCAAUGUUUGUGUGAGUGCCUAGCUUUUGUCUGUACUGCUCCAGCCUCUCCUUUGUUCUAGUACUUCCUGUAGAUCUAUGAUGAGUAUAUCUGUGUGUUUGUUUCACAUGGGCAUACAGUCUUGCUGUCAUUCUGUAGUGC